GAGGGCCUUAGAGAGCUGCAGGGCACAAGAGACCAGGGGUUGCUGCUGCCGAGUGGAGGUGUGACCCACCUGCGAGCAGAGCCUGCGCCAGGCUCUCCAGUGCCCUGGCGCCCUGAUGGGAGCCCGUGCGCCCAGACUGUGCUUGCUUCUCUCUUGCCUUUAUCUAUUCAGGGUUGAGUCUGCUGCGGAGUUCAUGCGGGUGCAGCGCCAGGCCUCAACGCUCACGUGGGAAACCAGUGCAGAGCCGCAGCAGGAGCCUGCUCCUGAGCCCAGCCACAGCUACCAUGAGAUGUCCCUUGUAGUCGAAGAUGUCACAAAGGUUGUAGAAGACCAGGAGCCUGAAGCUCCAGAUGCAGUGGCCAUGUCUUCAUGGGAGAGGCGGCUCCACCGCGCCAAGUGCGCACCACCUUACUUGUUCUCCUGCUUUAACGGGGGCGAGUGUGUGCACCCAGCCUUCUGUGACUGCAGACGCUUCAAUGCCACUGGGCCUCGCUGCCAGCUGGUGUAUAACUCCGGCCCUGAGCGGGACAGCAUCUGCCGGGCCUGGGGGCAGCACCACGUGGAGACGUUUGAUGGCCUGUACUACUACCUCUCUGGGAAGGGCAGUUACACGCUGGUGGGAUACCACGAACCGGAGGGGCAGAGCUUCUCCAUCCAGGUGCACAAUGACCCACAGUGUGUCUCUGCCCACUACACCUGCCCGAGGUCUGUCAGCCUCUUCCUUUCGGGGGAACGUGAGGUCCGCCUGGUGAAGGAGGUCACCCAUGGAGGUGUGAGGGUCCAGCUGCCACAGGCCGUGGCGGGCAUGCAGCUGCAGCAGCUGGCUGGCUACGUCAUCGCGAGGCACCCCUCGGCCUUCACGCUGGCCUGGGACGGGGCCUCAGCUGUCUACAUCAAGAUGAGCCCUGAGUUUCUGGGCUGGACCCACGGGCUGUGUGGCAACAACAAUGCUGACCCUCAGGAUGACUUGGUGACCAGCUACGGGAAGCUGACUGAUGAUGUAGGGGAGUUCACGCUCAGCUGGCAGGAGCAGGCCCCCAACGGCCCUUCAGGGCCUGUGCCUCCUCCCCUGCCUCGCCCACCAUGCCUGCAGCAGAGCCCAGCAUCCAUGCAGGGCGUGUAUGAGGCGUGCGAAGCACUGUUGAGGCCUCCCUUUGACACCUGCCAUGCCUAUGUCAGCCCUCUGCCCUUCACAGCCAGCUGUACCAGUGACCUCUGCCAAUCAGGAGGAGAUGAAGCCACUUGGUGCCGAGCACUGACGGAAUAUGCCCGGGCAUGUGCACAGGCAGGGCGCCCCCUGCAGGGCUGGAGGACCCAACUCCCACAAUGCACUGUGCACUGCAAGGAGAAGGCCUUCAUCUACAACGAGUGCGUUGCUUGCUGCCCGGCUUCCUGCCGGUCCCGUGCUUCGUGUGUGGACAGCGAGAUCUCCUGUGUGGAUGGCUGCUACUGCCCCAACGGGCUGAUCUUUGAGGAUGGGGGCUGCAUGCUGCCAGCCGAGUGUCCAUGUGAGUUCCAUGGGAGCCUACACCCGCCUGGCUCUGUGGUGACGGAGGACUGCCAUGCCUGUACGUGCACUGCAGGGAAGUGGGUGUGCAGCUCUUCUGUCUGUCCAGCCGAGUGCUCGGUGACUGGUGACGUCCACUUCACGACCUUCGAUGGGCGCCGGUACACAUUCCCUGCCACGUGUCAGUACAUCCUAGCUAAGAGCCGCUCCUCCGGCACCUUCACCGUGACGCUGCAGAACGCCCCAUGUGGCCUGAACCAAGAUGGAGCCUGUGUCCAGUCAGUGUCAGUGGUCCUGCACCAGGACCCCCGGAGGCAGGUGACCCUGACCCAGGCAGGAGAUGUCCUUCUGUUUGACCAGUACAAGAUCACCCCACCCUACAAAGAUGAUGCUUUUGAGAUCCGGAGGCUGUCCUCCGUGUUCCUGAGGGUGAGGACCAACGUGGGCUUGCGGAUCCUCUAUGACCGGGAAGGGUUGCGGCUCUACCUGCAAGUGGACCAGCGAUGGGUGGAGGACACUGUGGGCCUCUGUGGCACCUUCAACGGCAACACACAGGAUGACUUCCUGUCUCCAGUGGGUGUGCCUGAGAGCACCCCGCAGCUGUUCGGCAAUUCUUGGAAAACCCUGUCUGCCUGCUCCCCGCUGGCCCCUGGCUCCUCUCUGGACCCCUGUGACGUACAUCUUCAAGCUGCCUCCUAUGCACUGCAGUCCUGCAGCGUGCUCACGGGGGAGCUCUUUGCACCCUGCUCCUCGUAUCUCAGCCCGAUACCCUACUUCGAGCAAUGCCGCAGGGAUGCCUGCCGCUGCGGGCAGCCGUGCCUGUGUGCCACGCUGGCCCACUACGCACGCCUGUGUCGGCGCCAUGGGCUUCCGGUUGACUUCCGUGCCCACCUGCCAGCCUGCGCACUGUCCUGUGAGGCCACCAAGGAGUACAGCCCUUGUGUGGCCCCAUGUGCACAGACAUGCCAGGACCUGGCCAGCCCCGAUGUCUGUGGGGCUAACGGUGGCGGCAGUGGCAGCAGCGACAGCAUCGAUGAGUGUGUGGAGGGCUGCACCUGUCCCCCAGACACAUUCCUGGACACACAAGCUGACCUCUGUGUCCCCAGGAACCAGUGCUCUUGCCACUUCCAAGGAGUGGACUAUCCCCCGGGGGACAGCGACAUCCCUUCUCUGGGCCAUUGCCACUGCAAGGAUGGAGUCAUGAGCUGUGACAGCCGAGCCCCAGCUGCCGCCUGUCCAGCUGGCCAGGUCUUCGUGAACUGUAGCGAGCUGAACCUGGACCCCGAGCUCAGCAGGGAGAGGACGUGUGAGCAGCAGCUGUUGAAUCUGAGCAUGCCGGCUCGUGGUCCCUGCCUGUCGGGCUGUGCCUGUCCCCAGGGCCUGCUCAGACAUGGGGACGCAUGCUUCCCACCCGAGGAGUGUCCGUGUACCUGGAAGGGGAAGGAGUAUUUCCCUGGGGACCAGGCAGUGUCUGCCUGCCACACCUGCGUGUGCCGGCGGGGCUCAUUCCAGUGUGCCCUGCACCCCUGUGCCUCCACCUGCACUGCCUACGGGGACCGGCACUACCGUACGUUUGAUGGGCUUCCCUUCGACUUUGUAGGGGCUUGCAAAGUGCACCUGGUGAAGAGUACCUCAGAGCUCAGCUUCUCGGUUGUGGUGGAAAAUGUGAACUGCUACAGCUCUGGCAUCGUCUGCAGGAAGUCCAUCUCCAUCAAUGUCGGCAGCUCACUCAUCAUCUUUGACGACGAGUCAGGGGAUCCUAGUCCUGAGAGCUUCCUGGAUGAGAAGCAGGCAGUUCACAUCUGGAGAGCAGGCUUCUUCACCCUGGUGCAUUUCCCACAAGAGCACAUCACCCUCUUGUGGGACCAGAGAACCACUGUCCAUGUCCAGGCGGGCCCUCAGUGGCAGGGUCAGCUGGUGGGCCUCUGUGGCAACUUUGACCUGAAAACCAUCAAUGAGAUGCGGACCCCAGAGAACCUGGAGUUAACGAACCCCCAGGAGUUUGGCAGCAGUUGGGCUGCAGUGGAGUGCCCGGAUACCCCUGACCCCAGGGACACAUGUGUCCUAAACCCUCUCCGAGAACCGUUUGCCAGGAAGGAGUGUGGGAUUCUGCUCGGUGAGGUGUUCGAGGCCUGCCAUCCAGUGGUUGAUGUGACUUGGUUUUACUCAAACUGCCUGACGGACACUUGCGGUUGCAGCCGCGGUGGCGACUGUGAGUGCUUCUGUGCCAGCGUGUCUGCCUACGCCCACCAGUGCUGCCAGCACGGGGUGGUCAUUGACUGGCGGACCCCCCGCCUCUGCCCAUACGACUGUGACUUCUUCAACAAAGCACUAGGGAAGGGCCCCUACCAGCUGUCCAGCGCGGCGGCUGGCGGCACUCUUGUUGCCGUGAAGGCGGUAGACGGUGACACAGCCCUUGUGAGGGCGGAGGAUCUGGCGCCAGGGGACAUUUCAAGUUUUCUGCUGACAGCUGCUCUGUACAAGGCCAAGGCCCACGACCCUGAUGCUGUGUCGCUGGAGGCAGCCGACAGGCCCAACUUCUUCCUGCACACCACGGCCAAUGGUUCCGUAGGACUGGUGAAGUGGCACCGCAGCGAGGCCUUCCACCAGCACGCCUCCUUCUCCCUGCACCGGGGGACAUGGCAGGCUGGCCUGCUGGCUCUGGAGUCCCUGGCAAAGCCUGGCUUCUUCCUCCAUGCAUCAGGCCUUGAGCUGGCUCUCCAGGCGUAUGAACACACAGAGGCAUUUCGUGGUGGUGCACUCUUCCGCCUUCUGGAUGCCAAGCCCUCGGGGGCUGCCUACCCCAUCUGUGAGUGGCACUACGAUGCCUGUGCCAGUCCCUGCUUCCAAACCUGCCGAGACCCGCAGGCAGCCAGCUGCCGGGAUGUGCCCAGGGUAGAGGGCUGUGUCCCUGUGUGCCCCGCUCCUAAGGUGCUGGAUGAAGCCACCCAGAGAUGUGUCUACCCGGAAGACUGUGUGGAGCCAGCCCUGCGGGGUCCCACAGAAGCCCUUGGCAAUGAGACUCUGGCACCUGGUCAAGUGCUACCCACCCCCGGGGACAAGCAGCAGCUUCCGCAGGAGCCCCCUAGAGCCCCCACCCACAGGCCUGUCUUGGCCCCUUUGGCCCCACUCACCUCAGCCCCAAAUCCCCCGAGGGCUGCCACCGAGGGGCCAGUGCCGUCUCCAGGAUCUGUCCGGCCCACACUGCAGCUGCCACUGGGGCUCACGACAUCUAACCUUCCUGCCCACAGCUCGGAGGCCCCAGCCAGAGUGGAAGGGGCUGCCAGCACCCUAGCCACCCCUCACGCCCCAGGCUCCUCCUCACCCCUCCUGGGUUUUUUGCAGACACCCACAUCUGGCAUUGUAUCAGGGACAACAGAGACAACCAAAGUGACCAUGACCUUUGCAGGGAGUCUCAACACCACGGUCUCCUCCCGGUCACCCCCUGUACCCCGCUUCCCACUCAUGACCAAGGCUGUGACGGUCAUGAGCCAUGACUCUUUUCCUGUUAAAACUACACCCCUGCCACCCUCUUGGCUACCAACUUCCCCUGGAGCAAGCUCUUGGCCCCCCAGUGCCCUGGGACCCCACCUGUCAACUGCCACACCUAAGGCCACAAACAGGACGGUGAUGUCCCCGUCUGUCCUGCCCCAGAGCACUUUAAGUUCCAGCCGCCCCCUGGCUGUGGUGAGCACAGCACAGCAGGCUCCUGUCAGUCCCCUUGACACCAAGGGCUUGGAGGAGGUACCAGCUUCAGAGAAGGAAGAAUCUGGGCACAGUCAGCCUACAGAGAUGCCAGGGUCCCCACACCCAAGCUCAGUCCCCACUCACCUGCCUCACCCAGCCCAGCAUACUACCACAGCCCCCUGGCCUCCAGCUCUGUCCCCAGGGACCCUGGCCACUCACACCCCACCCACAGACGCUCACAGACUGGGGGCCACGGCUUUAGUUUCUCUAGAGUCCACCCGGCCACCUCAGCUCCUCUCUGGCCUGCCUCCCGACACCAGCCUGCCCUUAGCUAAGGUGGGCACAUCUGCCCCAGUGGCCACACCUGACUCCAAAGGCUAUAUCCCGACCCCUCCACCUCAGCACCAGGCCAUGACUCCGGCCAUGGCCACAACUGUGACAACGCCUGCUCAGACACUCAGUCAGACAGCGCCAUUCCACUCUGCCGUGGAGGACCAGGCACACUUACCUAGCACUGUGGUUCCCCAAGUAACAGGCAUGGCUCCAGACCUGAUUCUGGGAGCCACAUUGCCAAGCUCUGGGGCCCCAGCUGUGGGUGCUGGGGAGCCCCCCACAGUGUCUGCUGUGCCACAGAAAAGCACCACCCAGAAAGCAGCCAUUCUGUCCAAGAAGGUGUCUUCACCCACCUUCAUCCAUGGCUCUGCCCAGUUCACAGAACUCACACCCACACUCAGCCAUUCUGUGACUCCCUUGGUGACUGAGGCUGGCAUGGUGCCAGUGGUGCCCACAUCCUCCUCCCUAAGCCAGGUCUCAGCCAGGACAGCCUCCCGGGAGAGCCCCCUGGUUCUGCUGCCCCAGCUGGCAGGGGCCCAUGGAACCCCAGCAGGUCUCCAACCCCAGGAGGAUUUAGGGCGCCAGGCCACCACGGAGCAGUCAGGCAGCUCAGCUCCAGCCCAGAGCAUCUCGGAAGGAUUGAUGGAGGCCGAAGAGAACAUUUCUGCUACCUGUGUGCCCAUCGCGGAACAAGACUGCGUCCGUCACAUAUGCCUAGAAGGCCAGCUGAUACGUGUGAACCAGACCCAGCACUGUCCUCAGGGUGCAGCACGCCCUCGAUGUGGGGUCCUGGGCCUCGCCAUGCGAGUGGGCGGGGACCGCUGCUGCCCACUCUGGGAAUGUGCCUGCCGGUGCUCAGUCUUCCCAGACCUGAGCUUUGUAACCUUCGACGGCAGCCAUGCAGCUCUGUUCAAGGAGGCCAUCUACGUCCUCAGCCAGAGCCCGGAUGAAAUCAUCUCCGUGCAUGUCCUGGAUUGCAAGAGUGCCAACCUGGGACACCUGAACUGGCCCCCAUUCUGUCUGGUGAUACUGAAUGUAACUCAUCUGGCCCAUCACGUCACCAUUGACCGCUUCAAUAGGAAGGUGACUGUGGACUCUCAGGUUGUGUGGGCACCCCUAAGCCGAUAUGGGUUCCGGAUUGAGGAUACAGGACACAUGUACAUCGUACGGACACCGUCACACAUCCAGAUUCAAUGGCUCCACAGCUCAGGACUCAUGAUCCUGGAAGCCAGCAAAGCCAGCAAGGCCCAGGGCCGAGGCCUAUGUGGUAUCUGUGAUGGAGACGCAGCCAAUGACCUGACUCUGAAGGAUGGGUCCGUGCUGAGUGAGGCAGAGGAUCCUGCUCCCUUUCUUGACAGCUGGCAGGUGCCCAGCUCCUUGACCUCCGAGGGCCAGACCCGCUUCCGCCCCGACAGCUGUGCCACGGCAGACUGCUCGCCCUGCCUCCGCAUGGUGGCCAACCGCACCUUCAGCGCCUGCCACAGCUUCGUCUCCCCGGAGUCCUUCUGUGAGCUGUGGAUCCGGGACACCAAGUACGUGCAGCAGCCCUGCGUGGCUCUCACCGUGUACGUGGCUAUGUGUCACAAGUUCCACGUGUGCAUUGAGUGGCGGGGCUCCGACUACUGCCCCUUCCUGUGCUCCAGUGACUCCACCUACCAGGCCUGUGUGGCAGCCUGUGAACCCCCCGAAACAUGCCAGGAUGGGAUCCUGGGCCCACUGGACCCAGAGCAGUGCCAAGUGCUGGGAGAGGGCUGUGUGUGCUCGGAGGGCACCAUUCUGCACCGGCGCCAUGCUGCACUGUGUGUCCCCGAGGACAAGUGUGCCUGCACCGACAGCGCGGGGAUGCCGCAUGCCCUGGGGGAGACCUGGAACAGCUCCCUCAGCGGCUGCUGCCAGCAGCAGUGCCGAGCCCCAGACAGCAUUGUGCCCGUGCCCCUCGACUGCCCCGGCCCCCGACCCGAGAGCUGCCCGCGCUUUGGAGAAGUGCUCCUGUUGCAGCCCACGGAGGACCCCUGCUGCCUGGGGAGCGUUUGCGUGUGCAACCAGACGCUGUGUGAGGGCCUUGCUCCCACCUGCCGCCCCGGCCACAGUCUCGUCACCCACUUCCAGGAGGACUCCUGUUGUCCCAGCUACAGCUGCGAGUGUGACCCCGGGCUGUGCGAGCCUGAGCAGCUCCCCAGCUGCCGCCAGGACCAGGUCUUGAUCGCGGGCCGCCUGGGGGACUCCUGCUGCACCUCCUACUUCUGCGGCUGUGGCGAGUGUCUGGAUCCCAUACCUGAGUGUCAGGAGGGAGAGGCGCUCACUGUGCACAGGAACACCACGGAGCUCUGCUGCCCUCUGUAUCAGUGUGUGUGCGAGAGCUUCCGCUGUCCACAGGUACAGUGUGGCAUGGGCACUUCCUUGGUGGAGGUGUGGAGCCCAGACCGCUGCUGCCCCUACAAAUCCUGUGAGUGUGACUGUGACACAAUUCCUGUACCCAGAUGCCAUCUGUGGGAAAAGUCCCAGCUGGAUGAGGUGUUCAUGCACAGCAUAGAGAAUGUAUGUGGCUGUGCCAAGUACGAAUGUGUGAAAGCCCCCGUCUGCCUGAGCCGUGAGCUGGGGGUGAUGCAGCCCGGCCAGACUGUGGUAGAGCUCUCAGCGGAUGGCGUGUGCCACACAUCCCGAUGCACUGACGUGUUGGACCCUCUCACCGGCUUCUACCAGAUCAACGUCACCUCUGUCCUCUGUGACAUGCACUGUGAGGCGAACCAGGAGUAUGACCACCCACGGGACCUGGCAGCCUGCUGCGGCUCCUGCAGGAAUGUGUCUUGCCUCUUUACCUUCCCCAACGGCACUACUUCCCUGUUCUUGCCUGGGGCAUCCUGGAUUGCGGACUGUGCCCGCCAUCACUGCGGCAGCACACCCCUGGGCGCAGUACUUGUCCGCUCGCCCAUCAGCUGCCCUCCGCUUAAUGAGACCGAGUGUGCCAAGGUCGGCGGCUCUGUGGUACCAUCCUUGGAGGGAUGCUGCAGGACCUGUAAGGAGGACGGCCGCUCCUGCAAGAAGGUGACCAUCCGCAUGACCAUCCGCAAGAAUGACUGCAGGAGCAACACCCCUGUGAACCUGGUGUCGUGUGACGGGAGGUGCCCCUCUGCCAGCAUCUACAACCACAACGUCAACACCUAUGCCCGCUUCUGCAAGUGCUGCCGUGAGGUGGGGCUGCAGCGCCGCUCCGUGCAGCUCUUCUGUGCCACCAACGCCACCUGGGUCCCCUACACAGUGCAGGAGCCCACGGACUGUGCCUGCCAGUGGUCCUGAGGCCUGGGUGCCAGGGCUGGCCGGGUCACCCCUACUACCCUCCCGUUCUCCUUCUGCUGGCCUAGUUGACAAAAGGGAGAGAGGUUAAAGUGGAGAGCUUGUCUGUGCUGUGCUGUGUGUACAUGCGUGCGUGUGUGUGUGUGCGUGUGUGUGUGCGUGUAAUGGUGAGUGGCAUCCACAGGGGGCCAGAAUAGGCUCUGCUGUCCAUCCUGGCUCCUUCUAUGGGUCCCUCCACAUGUGGGAAUGUGCCAUUGCUCAGGGCUUCCGGAACUCAGCUCUUCAUGGCUUGAGGUCAGGCGGGAAGCUGAAGACCUGGUACCUCUGAGACUCUAGCCAGGUUUCUUGGUAGAGGGGCUGAAACUUCCCAGAGAGACUGCAACCAAAGCAGAACCCAGUGUUGGCUUAGGGUUAAGAUUUGGUGGCCUGCUUUUUUCUAGGCUCUCUUAGCAAUGAAAAAAACACAAUAAAAGGAAAAGGGGUUUAGCCAACAUUCAGGCCUAUGUCAAGAGGCCCAGGUCACUCCCGAGCAAAGAGGGUGAGCUUGGGGGCUCAGAGCUGUCUGUAGAGAUCUGUGAGGCUAUGCUCAGAGACUGAGGAGUUCGCGCUAGGCUCCUCUAGCUUCAGGGGGUGUCCUGAUAUUCUGGUAUGGAGAAGAGCAGGUCCAGGUCUGUGCCUCCACGUGUCACACGCUCACCCUCAAGCCAGGUUUGCAGAUGUGGGAAGAGUGAGCUUCUCAGCAAGGGCCCAGGUACCCAUCCAGAUGCUGGUGGACAGCCCACCCCUCUGGGCAGCCCUGGUGUGUAGGUGGUGCUUCCGGCCUGAGGUCCGUGCCUUUUUCCCCAAGGUAUGACAAGUGUGUCUGUGCAAGGGCCUGUGUGUGUGUGUGUGGCUCAGCCAAGUCCGGGCUCAGUGCUGCCUGGGACUGUGUUGAUGGAGAACAUCUGUAGGUGAACAUGCAGCCAUGUGAGUGUGCAGCCCUAGCAGCCCUGAGUGCCUGUCGGAACCUUUUCUCCAAACCAGUGUCCUCCCUAGAGCCAGCGCCAGAGCUCCCGUCCAUAUGCCACUCUGCAGACCUCCUCCUCCUCCCUGCACUGCUUUGUGCUCCUGGGUCUCAAAGGUCAUGACCCGCUGCUGAUGCCCCCAGCACUGCCUGAUGCCCCCAUGGGGUAAAGGCACCAUGUUAGCAUGGUCCCCACAUCUGCUUUGCCUCUGUAACUCUUCUGUUUGUUCAUGU